AUGUCUAUGCAAAGGUUCUUCCAACUUACAUUCCCUCUUCAUCCUCGUCGUUUCUCUACGCAAAACUCUGCGUUUCGAUCUCUUCAGGAUUAUUCUGGUAGCGACCCUGUAGCGUUGGUAGCUAAUCAUUUGGGUAAUUGCGCUACUGUGCGGGAACUGAAUCGAGUGUAUGCCCACGUUUUAAGGACGCACUUUUUUAUCUCCAAUCCGGCGCCGUUUAAUUGGAACAAUAUUAUAAGGUCAUACGCCAGGCUAGAGGCUCCACUCAAUGCACUUCGCAUCCACAUUUUAAUGUUGCGGAAUGGGGUUUUGCCCGAUUGUUAUACCCUUCCCAUUGUUCUCAAGGCUGUGUGCCAAACUUUUGAAGUUAAGCUCGGGAAACAGGUUCACUCCGUUGGUAUCAAGCUUGGACUGCAAUGUAAUGAGUUCUGUGAAACUGGGUUUUUAUGUUUGUACUUUAAAGCUGGCGAAUUUGGAAGUGCCCGAAGGGUGUUUGAUGAAAACCCUGACCCGAAGCUGGGUUCUUGGAAUGCGGUAAUUGGUGGGCUUUCCCAAUGUGGUCUUGCCCGGGAUGCGAUCAGCGUGUUCCUUGAUAUGAGGAGGCGGGGAUUUGAGCCGGAUAGGUUGACCAUGAUUAGUGUGACUUCGGCUUGUGGAAAGAUUGGUGACCUCAACCUGGCUCUCCAGUUGCAUAAAUGUGUUUUUCAGGUUGAAUCUGGUGAGAGAGAUGAUGUUUUAAUGUUGAAUUCGCUGAUUGAUAUGUAUGGGAAGUGUGGGCGGAUGGACCUCGCUUACAAGGUGUUUGCAACUAUGGAGGAACGAACUGUGUCGUCGUGGACUUCCAUGAUUGUGGUGUAUGGGAUGCAUGGACAUGUGAAUGAAGCGCUUGAAUGUUUCUGGCAUAUGAGGGAGGUUGGGGUGAGGCCAAAUUAUGUGACUUUUAUUGGAGUGCUUAGUGCCUGUGUGCAUGGUGGGGCAGUUCGAGAAGGGAGAUUUUACUUUGAUAUGAUGAAGAAUGUUUAUGGCAUAGCACCCCAAUUGCAGCAUUAUGGAUGUAUGGUGGACCUUCUGGGUCGAGCUGGAUUGCUUGAGGAUGCCAGAAGAAUGGUGGAGGAGAUGCCUAUGAAGCCAAAUUCGGUAGUGUGGGGGUGUUUGAUGGGUGCGUGUGAAAAAUAUGGGAAUGUGGACAUGGCUGAGUGGGUGGCUAAGCAUUUGCAAGAAUUGGAACCUUGGAGUGAUGGGGUUUUGGUGGUAUUGUCUAAUAUCUAUGCCAAUAGAGGCUUGUGGAAGGAAGUGGAGAGAAUAAGAUCUGUAAUGAAAGAAGGAAGACUUGCUAAGGUUCCUGCUUAUAGCCUGACAACUAAUUCAGAUUGA